AUGGUGGAAACCAGAAAUGAACCAUAUUCUGAUGGAGAUAGAAUCAACAGGUUACCAGAUGCAAUAAUUCACCACAUCUUGUCUUUCGAUAUUGAUACUAAACAUGUAGUCCAAACAAGUGUGCUGUCAAAAAGAUGGAUUCAUAUUUGGAAAUCCAUCCCAAAUCUAAACAUUGACAGACGUUCAUUUCCUCAAGGCAAAGAACAUACUCAGAGAUUCAUAUAUUUUGCGGACAUGGUUCUUCGUGAUGAUUCUGACAUUCGGAGAUUUCAUCUGCAUUGGGACAGCUUUGAUCAUGAUGAUGAGAAUGUGGCAAAUAAUGUUAACAUGUGGAUUGUCCAUGCUGUUAAGCGUAAUGUUCAACAAGUUAUUGUAGAAAUCUGUCAAUAUUAUCAUCAUUUGGCCUAUGAAAUUCCACAUCAACUCCUGAAUUGCAAAUCACUGAGGACGCUGAGAAUACAACUGAAUGCCGGUGCCAGACAUGCAGCACAAGUUACUUUUCCAAAACUAAUGGAUUUACCUCGCCUCGAAGUUUUGUCGCUUGCUGGAUUUUCAGUCUACGAUGUAGAACUAUCUCUUUUCAUGUUGUCCACUUCUCCAAGGAUUAGACAUAUAUGA